AUGCCCCAUUCACGCUCAAUGGAACGAAUGAUAUCCGAAUGCACCAGCUAUGUUUAUCUGGGUCGGGAAUUGAACAUUAUGAACGACCUGACACCCGAGCUGGGCAGGAGCAGACGAGCGGCUUGGGAAGCGUAUAAGAGCAUCGAGGAUGUAGUGAAGAAGACCAAGAAUACCCGGUUCCUCUUCAACACCACCGUACUCCCUGCUUUGAUCUAUGCUUCGGAAACAUGGGCAUUUCGCAGGCAGGAAGAAAACGCGGUGAGCGUCAUUGAACGCGCAAUUGAGAGAGUGAUGCUGGGAGUAUCCCGUUUCAUGCAAGUGAGGGACGGGAUUCGAAGUUCUCUCCUACGUCAGCGAUCGAAGAUUAGAGACGCCGCCGCGUUUGCCAAGGAAAGUAAAAUAAGGUGGGCCGGACACGUGAUGCGCUUUGAUGACAACCGUUGGACCAGAGCCGUGAGCGACUGGGUUAGGCGCACUACAGGAAGACAACCGACCCGAUUGUCGGACUUCUUCCCAAAGUCCUUCAAAGAAAAAUACGAUGCUCUUCGUGUCCCACGCGAAAGGAGAAACCAUUGGGCGACUCUGGCACGCGAUCGGGACAAAUGGAAAGAUUACUGGCGCCCGCUCGACUAG